AUGCCCAUGGCGUCCGCGGGCGGCGCCAGUGGCGGUGGCGACGGCUCGCUGGGCCUCCUGGUCUGGCUCCUGCUCCUUCAGCCCCGGCUCAGUGAGGGUUCCGGGCCCAAGGAGGAUUCCGCAGUGACCCCUGCAAGUCCAGAGGUCCUCUCACCUCCAGGGCACCUGAAAUCCCUGAAGAUUCCAGAACCCACAGUGGGAGAAGCCUUGGAAUCCCACCCGGCCACUCCGUCUGGACCGUUCUCCCCUCUAGGAUGUGGCCAUCGGAGUAUGAGGAUAGUUGGUGGAAUGCCAGCCCAGGAGGGGAAGUGGCCUUGGCAGGUGAGCCUGCAGAUCCGCGAUCAACACAGAUGUGGAGGCUCCCUCAUUGCCCGGCAGUGGGUGCUGACCGCGGCCCACUGCAUACUUGGCCAUGAGGAAUAUAUGGUGAAGCUGGGAGACACCGUGUUAGGUCCUAAUUCCAGAAAGACUCUGGUGGUUCCAGUUCGAGACAUCGUUUCCCAUCAGCGUUUUGAAACUAGAACUUUGAGUCAUGACAUUGCCCUUGUUCUGCUGGCCUUCCCUGUGAACUAUUCCUCAUUCAUCCAGCCUGUGUGCCUCUUUGGAGAGGCUUUCCAAGAGAAAACUCGGGUAGAGUGCUGGGUGACUGGAUGGGGCCGACUGGCAGAAAACGUUUCAGCACCAGCGCCAGAACUUCAAGAGACUGAGCAAAUCCUUCUUCACUACAAGGAGUGUAAUGAGGUGAUCCGGACAAAGAUAGCAGUACAUCCCAACCUAGUGAGAAAAGGGAUGAUCUGUGGCCAUCAAGAAGAAGGGAAAGGCCCCUGCCGGGUCAGUUCAUGGGGAGAUUCUGGAGGCCCCCUGGUCUGUGAAUUUAAUGACACGUGGUUCCAGGUGGGGAUUGUGAGCUGGGGCAUUGGCUGUGGUGGCAAACGAAAUCCUGCAGUUUAUACAGAAGUUAGUUUCUACAAGAAGUGGGUCAUUGAUCAAAUCAAUCAGGCUUCUUCUCGGGACUCAACAGGCUUCUUCAUCCUACUCCUGUGUCUGGUGCUGCCCCUGGGCAUCCUGGCGACCCCGUGAUCACCCUGGCCCAGUCCCCCCAUGUUUCUGAGUCUCGCACUAGGCCUCUCCUCCGACCUCCCACUCCCACUCAAUGCCCUUUCCUCAAGUUCCGGUUGGGAUCCACUGACCCUGUGGAGAUCCACAAAACAGAGAGUGGCAGCACGACUGGCGUCCUGAAAAUGUCCCAGCCUGGUGCUCUGGUCACCUGCCUCGGCCUUGCCUCUGCCUUGGAUGUGCUCUGCCUGCAGGGAAGGAGGAGGGAAACUACUCCAGCUAGAGGGCCAGCUGACCUGCCAGGUGGAGCAUGAGGCUUCAGUGACAUCUUCGAGAGCAUCUACCAAAGAGACGGCAACCGUGAGACAGCAUUAGCCCCAGUUGUGGUUGCACAGCUCCACCUGACACUUUGUCAACCCAGUCAGCUUGGUGGUCAUUCAGAGAGUGAAGGAGGAGUCGCUGUGUCCCUACUGAGGUGUGAGGCCCGGGAUCUCCACGUCUGACUCGAUCGUGUGGGGCUGGGAGAAUUUCCCCUGCAACCCAGUGUGGAUCCACCUGUGAGUGGCCUGUCUCUGCCAUACAAGCCCUCCUGGGGCAACUCAGUCUUGGAACCCCCUUCCUUGGUGCCCUAGUGGCCACAUCCACAUUUACCCCAAGUUGUGCUGAGGCAUUAAGGAGUGCAGAGAUUUCAGAUGUCAACUGAGUAAACGUUUGGA